AAGCCCAAACUCAGCCCAGCCCACGCCCAAGCCCAGCCCAAAAAUAAUAAACCCACACCCGACCCGAUGUCGGGUUCGGGUAAAAAAUUUCGGGUCGGGUUCGGAUUAUUUUAUUCUCGGUUCGGGUUCGGAUAUUUUAGUGGUCGGUCGGGUCGGUUAAGCUCGGGUUCGGGUUGAAUUGCCAUCCCUACUCUGGAUUCUGCGUUCUAGAGGUUGAAUUAUCAUUCAAAGUAAAAGUGUCCUUCAGUGAGCUGUAGAUUCUCAAUGCAAACAACCUUUUUUUACCUCCAUCUAGGUUAACCUAGUCAUUAUGCAAUGUGUGCAUGCACCCAUAGUUGUGAAAAGCGCGCAUGAGACCCAAUGGUUUGUGCAUUAGGAUCUGUGAUGCAGGCGACACACUGGAGGCAUGCACAUAGCUUCACAUCAUCGCAUUAUGGGAUGUGAUCUGAGGUGCUACAAGGCGUGCAUCCAAACCAGUUUUUUUUUAGUAUUUGUUUUAUUAAAGCUGACGCUGUUCAGCUGUUGACUUUCGCCUCUCUCUGGUCUCUGCUUUGAGCCCUUCAACCUAAGAAUAGGCUGUUUCUCUGACUUCACUGCUUCGACUAUCUCUUCUCUUUUCUUUGACUCUCACCUGACUCUGCUGCUUGGGUGUUUUCCGCAUGCUAGUCAUAUAGGUCACAACCUUGCAGGGUUCUUUGGAGUGUAAUCGCAAGCUUUUACAAUUUUUUGUUACUUCUUGGAGUUAAUUCUUUUUCUUGUAGGUUUUUAUCUAUCUUUUUUUCAAAACAAUUUCCUCUUGUAGGUAACUUACUAGCAGAAAGUCAGCACACAAAAGUUUUUCAUAUAAUUACUAAAUUAUAUGCAUUAUAAGUAUUGUUACUAUUGUAGAGGUGAUAUGCUACUUGUGCCUCAAUUUGAACCUCAUGUUCGUGAUGCAUGCACAUGAAUGGUGCAUUGAGGGAUGGGGGGCCAUUUGUGCAUCGGUUCAUGGGCCUGGAGCUGACAUCGACACAUUAUGCAUUGGGCCAUCUUAUAUUAAUCGAGAUGAAGAUUUUUUCAUUGUUCUGCGUGAUAUUUUAGUUGAAAUGGAAGAAGUUAGUGAACUGCAACCUGUUCCCGAGGCUCAUGUUCCUGUUAUGAAAUUCAAAUUUCAAGGAACAUCAAUUGACCUCCUUUAUGCAAGCAUUUCUCAGAUAGUCGUCCCACAAGAUUUUGACAUUUCUGAUCGCUCUGUGUUGUAUAACGUUGAUGAACCAACUGUUCGGAGCCUCAAUGGGUGCAGGGUUGCUGAUCAAAUACUGAAACUAGUUCCGAAUGCCGAGCACUUCCGGACAACACUUAGAUGUUUGAAAUUUUGGGCCAAAAGACGCGGUGUCUAUUCAAAUGUCACUGGAUUUCUUGGUGGUGUAAAUUGGGCACUUUUGGUUGCUCGGGUUUGCCAGUUCUAUCCCAAUGCAAUACCCAGUAUGCUGAUUUCACGGUUUUUUAGAGUCUAUACACAAUGGCGCUGGCCCAAUCCUGUAAUGCUUUGUCCUAUUGAGGAGGAUGAACUUGGGUUUCUUGUUUGGGAUCCUCGCAAGAAUCCCAAGGAUAGAAAUCAUCAUAUGCCAAUAAUUACUCCUGCAUACCCUUGCAUGAAUUCUAGUUACAAUGUUUCACCAAGUACUCUUCGUGUUAUGAUGGACCAGUUUCAGUUUGGGAACAAAAUUUGUGAGGAGAUUGAGUUAAACAAGGCACAAUGGGGUUUUCUUUUUGAGCCAUACUUUUUCUUUGAGGUGUACAAAAACUAUCUUCAGGUUGACAUUAUUGCAGCAGACAAUUAUGAUUUGCUGGCUUGGAAAGGAUGGGUUGAAUCACGGCUCAGACAACUAACACUUAAGAUAGAGCGUGACACAAAUGGGAUGUUGCAAUGCCAUCCUUACCCAAACGAGUUUGUGGACACGUCUAAGCCAUGCCCACAUUGUUCAUUUUUCAUGGGCUUGCAGCGGAGACAAGGAGUACAAGUGCUAGAAGGACAACAGUUUGAUAUUCGUGGAACUGUUGAAGAGUUUAAACAAGACAUAAGCAUGUAUUCUUAUUGGAGACCAGGGAUGGAUAUUUUUGUAUCUCACGUACGUAGAAAGCAAAUCCCUGGUUACGUCUUUCCUGAAGGGUAUAAGAGACAGAGGCUGUCCCGGACCACACAUCAGUGUACUAAUACUCCCCCUGAGAAAAAUAUCAGAGGUAGCCUGUCUCCUGAAGACAAGCAUUCCAAGAGGAAGCAUGAGAACGAAACAGUUUAUGUGAAGUCCAACAAGCUUGGAAAGCAAAUGUCUGUUAGUCCACUGCAGAUAGGAUCUGAUUCUCCUGCUUCUGGUGGGUUAUCUCCAUCGUUGGGCAUUUGCAAGGAAUCUCAACUAGAGCAUAUGAGUAUCGUUGAUGUUUCGGGAAGUAGCGUGCCUGUCAGUUUAAAUGGACAAUGUGAGCAGGCUGGUACGUGGGAAUGUGCUGAAAGUGUGUUAUCAAGUUCCGAAAUCUGCCUCACCAGCGAGGGUGGUGUAAGCGUGGUGGAGCAAAUUUUACGGGUAGGGGAUGGGUGUCUAGAUGAAAGCAGUGUACUGAGGACAGGGGGGAGUGCCUUGCCGGACAAACCAAAUUCACAGCCAAACAUUGCACUUACAAGGGUAAUUGGGUCAUCAAGAGACGGAGCAAGUCCAGAACCCACACAGGAGCCAGCUAUAGGGCAAGUCCUUUCUCCACGAACCCACUUUUCCCGAUAUGUAAUAUGCUAUUGUUAUUUUUAUACUUUCUCGCUUGUUUCCUUCUGUGUUUCCCUUUGUAGCAGGUGAGUCUGGAAUCAACUGCGUGAAGGUGGUACAGAUAUUAUCUCGUGAACAAAGCUCGCAAGGGCAUCUAACGGAAAAAGUCUCAUUAAUCCUUUUUUUCUGCAAGUACUGUUUGGAGGAAGAAACAAGGGAACAAAAAAGCUCUGCAAGAAUGGGAAAACUUGUGCAUUUGUGACAGGGGAAGGAGACAACUGGUUGGUGGAUUUUGAUUUGUGGUUCUACAUGUUGACCUAGUAUCAGGGAUGGUAUGACUUGCAAUUUAUCACCUUUUCUUUCAAGGAAAGAGCAAAAACAAAAAUGAACCAACGGUACAACUGUGGGGAGUUGACUUCUUUUUUCUUUCAUUUUUUUUACUUUGGGGUUGGGAUGGGGGUUUAACCUGUGUAGUGACUAGUAGUGUUUCUUGAAAUUGUUCACUGAUAAUAUACUUACUCAUUUUCAUUCUAUGU